AUGUGGGGACUUUCGAUAAAAGAGGUGGAGUUAAAAGAAGGAGACAUGCUGACUAGUCGGAGAGUCACUGAGUUGCUACCUCAGGCGGAUGUUGUGCUGGUCAAUAAUAAGGUGUUCCAGCAGUCACUACUAAACGAAGCAUUACGCCCGCGGUUUCUUGAUUUAAAAGAGGGCGCCAUUGUUGUUUCCUUGAAGCCAUUCGUUUCCUCUCUCAACGCACGCGUUACUGAACGCAACGUGGAUGAAAUAAGCGCGAUCUUUGACGUCUCUGAACGAUCCUACCGCUCUGGCAGCGUUUCAUGGGGUAGCGGAGGUGGCUCGUAUUAUCUACAUCGAGUCGACCGGGCAGGCUAUGUGGGCCUCAAACAAAAAUUUGAGAACCAGCGCGCGAGGAGUGCGCGUGCCUCACGGCGGCGACAAUCUAUUUAGUGCACAUUUUACCUUUACACAAUCUAUUGGUGCCGUUAGUGUUGACCUGUCGUACGCUGGCAGUUGUGGUGUAUCGUGAGGUGCUGUAAACACCUACACUGGUCCACAAGUAGUCCUGAUAUACUGUUCAAUUUAUAGUCGGAGGGGAUGACGAAAAGCAACAC